GACGUACGCUCUUCGUCUUCCAGUAGCAGGCGGCACGUUGAACGCAUGCGUUCUGAGGGAACCUAAGAAAAAGAGUCUGCUGGCGGGUCGCGUCGAAGACAUGGAGCAAGGCUACGGAGGCUAUGGGGCAUGGAGUGCUGGACCUGCGAACACCCAGGGUACAUAUGGAGGUGGUAUGACCAGCUGGCAAGGUUAUGAAAACUACACCUACUACAACACCCAGAACACCAGUGUCCCUGCAGGAACACCCUAUAGUUAUGGCCCAGCCUCGUGGGAGGCCGCCAAGACCAAUGACAGUGGUCUGGCAGCUGGGAGCUCUGCCGUGCAUGUGGCCUCCUUUGCCCCAGAGCCAUGUACCGACAACUCUGACUCGCUCAUUGCCAAGAUCAAUCAACGUUUGGACAUGUUGUCCAAGGAAGGAGGCAGGGGUGGGCUCGGCAGCGGUGGGGAGGGCAUGCAGGACCGAGACAGCUCCUUCCGCUUCCAGCCAUACGAGUCCUACGACUCCAGGCCCUGUGUACCUGAGCACAAUCCCUACCGCCCUGGCUACACUUACGAUUAUGACUUUGACUUGGGGACUGACCGCAAUGGUAGCUUUGGUGGGACAUUCAACGACUGUCGGGACCCAGCCCCAGAGCGGGGCUCCCUCGAUGGUUUCUUGAGGGGCCGGGGCCAGGGCCGCUUCCAGGACCGGAACAACUCCAGCACCUUCCUACGUAGUGACCCCUUCAUGCCACCCGCAGCCUCGGAGCCCUUAUCCACUCCCUGGAAUGAGCUGAACUAUAUGGGUGGACGUGGUCUGGGUGGGCCCUCCACCAGCAGACCACCACCUCCUUCCCUCUUCUCCCAGUCCAUGGCCCCUGACUACAGCAUGAUGGGCAUGCAGGGGGUGGGCGGUUUUGGUAGCACCAUGCCUUACGGAUGUGGCCGGUCCCAGACUCGGAUACGGGAUUGGCCCAGAAGGAGAGGGUUUGAACGCUUUGGACCAGACAACAUGGGCAGGAAGCGGAAGCCAUUCCCAUUGUAUGAGGAGCCCGAUGCCAAACUGGCCCGUGCCGACAGCGAAGGGGACGUGUCUGAAAAUGAUGAUGGAGCCGCUGACUUACGGUCAGGAGAUGAAGAGUUCAGGGGGGAGGAUGAAUUCUGUGACUCCAGGAAGCAGAGAGGAGAAAAGGAGGAUGAGGACGAGGAUGUGAAGAAGAGACGGGAGAAACAAAGGAGGCGAGACAGGAUGCGGGACCGAGCGGCUGACAGGAUUCAGUUUGCCUGUUCUGUAUGCAAGUUCCGUAGCUUUGAAGAUGAAGAAAUUCAAAAGCAUCUGCAAAGUAAAUUUCACAAAGAAACCUUGCGAUUUAUAAGUACCAAACUGCCCGACAAGACAGUAGAAUUUCUCCAGGAGUACAUCAUAAAUAGGAACAAGAAAAUUGAGAAACGGCGUCAGGAGUUGUUGGAGAAGGAGAGCCCUAAACCCAAACCAGAUCCAUUCAAAGGAAUCGGCCAGGAGCAUUUCUUCAAAAAGAUUGAAGCCGCACAUUGCCUGGCCUGUGACAUGCUGAUUCCUGCACAGCACCAGCUCCUCCAGCGGCAUCUGCACUCUGUGGACCAUAACCAUAAUCGAAGGUUGGCUGCUGAACAGUUUAAGAAGACAAGUCUCCAUGUGGCUAAGAGUGUUUUGAACAACAAACAUAUAGUGAAGAUGCUGGAAAAAUACCUCAAGGGCGAGGAUCCUUUUGUCAGUGAAGCUGCUGAUCUUGAGACAGAAGGAGAUGAAAAUGUAGGAGAGGAGAAGGAGGAGACACCAGAGGAGGUAGCUGCAGAAGUCUUGGCAGAGGUGAUCACAGCAGCGGUGAGGGCUGUUGAGGGGGAAGGAGAAGCGACUGCAGAGCAUAAGGAAGUCCUCCCUGCCUUGGAAGGGCCAGUGGACACAGUGGAGGCCAGGGGUGACCCCCACACAGAAAAGCUACUAGAAGAGCAGACCUGUGAAACAGCAUCUGAAACCAGGAACAUGGAAGACAAGGCCAGAGGUGAGGUUGCUGAGGCAGGAAAUGAAGCAGCCAUGCGAGCAUCAGACUCAGGAAGCAUGUUACCUGUCAUAGCAAUCCCAGGAAUCAUGGAAGAUGAGCUGGAACAAACUGGUUCAGAGUCCAAAGAUAGCCCCACAGAAUGACCUUUCCUUCCCUGUUUCAAGGGAUGUGUUAUAUCAUGUGUGCUUUUUGUUUUAUAAGAUGUAUUAGGGUAUGUGUUAUUGGUGGAAAGACUGGGCCAUUUCCUUCCCAAUGUACCUCAAGAAUUGAUGCUAUACAGUAGAUGGCUUCCCACCUCUGUUAGAAUACAAAAAGAGGUAAACCAUUUUCCCAAGUGGCCUUUGAUGGCUAACUCUGCACUGCAGUUAGAAUAAUAAAAGUAGAUCUUCCUGAUAAUUGUUAAGUCCUAAAAUGGACAAAAUGUGAGGAUUUGUUUUUGUGUUGUGUUUUUGUUUGUUUGGUCUUUGUUUCAUUUUAUUUUGUUUUUUCUCUUGGGAAACAGUCUAAUACAAAUAUAACUUGUUUAAGGAAAAAUUUUUUUAAUUAAUUAGGGGAAUUCCCUUACUCACCCAUGCAUAGUUGAUGUGGGACACACACGAUUCAACCAUCCAUGUGUGGGAGAGCUGAGAUUGUGCCCCCACCAAUAAAUAGUCCUGCCUGUUUCAAUAAACAUCAGACCAUUUUGUAAGGCCUUUAUUUCAGCUCUGGCAAUGAAAUAGCAUCUUGCUUGGACCAAGCUCCUCUUUGAACUCAGUCUUCCUGUCUCAGCGUCUGGAGCACUGGGGCCACAUCUGUACAGCCAUGCUCAGAUGGCCUUUGUUUUUAUAAUACACUGUUCUAUGUUCCUCACCAGAUGUGGUGGCAUCCUGUUAACUUUAGACAGAUGGCAAGGCCUGCCACAUACACCUUGGCCUGUGUAUGAGAUAGUCACUCAAGCUGUUACGUGGGACACACCCCCACCUGAGCCUCUGGAAUGAAAACACGGCUAAAGGCUUGCUAAUCAGCUUGUGUUCCACCUCUGUUAGUGCAGGAUUAUGAGUUUUUUGUUGGUUUGGUUUGGUUUCUCUUAAUUUUGUUAUUUCCACUUAAAAGUACUUAGGAAAAAAACGUGAAAUUACUCCAUUGGUGAAAACAACCGUAAGCUUCUGUAGAUGGAAUCUACCUGUAAAAAAGCUCAUACAGUUAAGAUGUCUCAUUUUAAGCAAAUAGUAUUAUUUCGGGAGUCCUGAAUCUAAUAAAGGGAGGCUUAGCAUGUUUUUAAAGUAGCAUGUACUAGGUUUUAUAGGCUCAGAAUGGGGUUUCUCUCCCUCCCUUUUGAAAUUACAAUGCUGUGUCCAUCAUUAACUGUACUCAGCUUACAUCUUGGAAACAUCAACCAGUGAGGAGUUAUUAUAAAAUAUUGCAGCAAUUUCAUCAGCAUUCUGUCGAGGAGCAUUACUAGGGGAUCUGAGAUGAACUUUGGAAAUAUCAAUGUCAAAACAAGCAAUAAAUUGAUGCCACAAACA